AUGUCGCCCAUCUCCGUCUUCCGUGUCGCCACCCGCGCCGUCCGCCCUUCCGGCUUGAUCAGAGCGACCCAAUUGCCCCGGUCCCGGGUGCAGGCCCCCGUUGCUCUGGCUGUCGCCCGUUCCAGCUUCAGCACCUCCGUUAAGCGCCUCGGCGGUCACCACGAGGACGAGACAUACGAGCAGUUCUCUGCCAGAUUCGAGAAGGAGUUCGACGGUGUCCAGGAUGUUUUCGAGCUCCAGCGCAACCUGAACAACUGCUUCGCCUACGAUCUCGUCCCCUCCGUUGAGGUCCUCACCGCCGCUCUGAAGGCUGCUCGUCGCGUCAACGACUACCCCACCGCUGUCCGGAUCUUCGAGGGUGUCAAGGCCAAGGUCGAGACCCCCGAGCAGUACAAGCAAUACCUCGAGGCCCUUGAGGGUCUUCGUCAGGAGCUGGGUGUUGCUCUCCGUGAGGAACUCUACCCCAACGAGGAGUAA